AUGGAGGCGUACCUAGAGGAGGCGCGCAAAAUUGAGAAGCAGUUCAUGGGCGUGUCGUGCAGGACGAACAAGGAAGCAAACGACAUCACAAAAAGAGCCUCUCGCAGGCUCCCUCAGGAGCCAGGGGUGUUCGAGGAGCGGCUCUUCAAGCCAUCUGCGACCCCGCACGUCACGACUCCAGCACCACCUCAGGAGGACCUGCCACAUGCACCCGAGACGGGUGCCCCAGCCUGUGGUCACCCCUCAGGAGCCCGCUUGCUGCUCGCGCUCGAGCCUCAGGAGGGGGGAAUCGAACGCCGUGAUGAUUCAACCUUCGUACGAGCCCCGCACACAAACAGUCGAUACAGAAGAUAUGCCCACGCGCGUUUCAGUAAUCCAGUUCAAGGCCAGCGAAAAAAAAGAGAAAGAACCCGCACCCCACGUUCUCCACCUCCUUCCCCGACGACCUGCCAGAUCUUAUAUACCCCCGAACACGAAGCACUCCGCACCCCCUCUGCGGCGACCAGUCCAGCGCCGCCCUCUCCACCGGAUGCCCGAAGGUCGCCGCGACCACCAGACGCCUCCCUCUACAGCAGACGGCCCUCUCUCUCCCCGACCACGCAGGCUCUGUUCACAAGAAUUCCCAAGCGAUAUUACCAUCCAAGUUGGGGAGAGCAGCUUCCGCACAAGCUCCCACUGGCAUCUAAAUGCGGCUACAUAAGGAAGCUGGUGUCGGGGGCCAACGGGUCCAGGGUGACCCACCUCGAGAUCACAGGCAUGCCCGGCGACGCCAAGGCGUUUGACCUCGUCAUCAAGUUCUGCUACGGCAUCAACUUCGAGAUCACCACCGACACCAUCGCCAUGCUGUGCUGCGCCACCGAGCACCUGGAGAUGACCAAGGGAGUGCAAGCCCGGGAACCUCAUCGGUGGGACCGAGGCCUACCUGGAGGAGGUGGCACUGGUGAACCUCGAGGACCACGCUCUGCAGGGCCAGGACCGAGGAGCUCCUCCCGACGUCCGACAAGGUGCAGAUCAUUAGCAGGUGCAUCGAUGCCAUAGCGACCAUGACCUGCAGCGAUGGCAGUCAUGAGGGACUGGACAGUGCUACGGCAGCGUGGGCACGGCGCCCAAGCCCGUGGAUGACUGGUGGGCCGACGAGCUGGACGGUGGGAGUUUAAACCGCACUCUUUGGUAUGAACCCCAUGCGUAAACUUUGAUAGUUCUUGUAACAUGAUUUCAGUUCUUGGGUAAAAUUCAGUUCUUGAAAUGUAAGUCAUUCUGUACAUAUUUUUAGUUGAGGAAGAGAGAGCUUGUAGAUGGUUCGCUUGUUGAUUCAACUCACCCCAUGUCUGAUGAAAUCAAAUGCCUAUUUGCCACUGUUCCGUGGGGUUUACUAUAGACCUUGAAGCUUUUGCUUGUGUUAUCUAUUAGAUAUUUUUCUAAACUCUCUAGAGCACCCCCCUCUUUGCACCGACCUGUAAUUUUUGUUUGAGCAGGGACAGUGCAGCGAACACAAGCAAAGAAAUUGGUAGAAGGUGAGAAGGACUAUUUGAUAAGUAUUGAGAUGUAGUAAGACAUGUUUAAUCUGAAUUUUGACAUAUGGAGGGCAUCAUAGUCUGUAUGUUCAAUUUUUGAUUGUAUGUUGAAUUCUCAUGCUCUAGAUCCGCCUCCACAGACAUCACACACUCCCUGAUCUCCCACCGGCAACGCCCCGAGGUCAUUGACACAGGUGACCAAGUGAUUACAACGACGUCGAGGAGGUUGUGGGUGAGAGCUCCUGUUCUCCUAGGGGGAACAUGUUGGCGCGUUCGAGGAGUCCAAGAAGAAGGGAGGAGGCACUCCUUUGGGCUGCUCUAGGAAAUACACCAGACUGAGCGAGGUUAGAUAAAAGUUUCUUAAUUCUUCACUGGAAUUCUUUGGAGUUGGAAGAAGUGCACGCAUAUGAAAGAAGGUACUUCAAGCUGGAGGCACAUAUGAAGACUGGACAGAGAAGCAGUGAAGGAAGAUGAAGACCAUCAUCAAACUUUACCUAUUUGUGUUUCGGAUGGGACUUACAUGUGGAGAAAGACAUGAUGAUCGCCAAAAAUGGAGGGGAGUGGGAGAAAAACAUCAGAGUUUGUGAACAAAUUUUGAAAGAAAGACCAAUUGGUUCAAUACUUGGUCCGAAAACUUCAUUCUAUGACU